AAUUAAAAUGUCAGAAUAAGGACCCGUUCUGCUUAGAAUGCCCCUUGUUGUUAAAUAUUUACCGAUACGAACAAGUCAUCCUAAAACCGUCACAAAAAACUUAUUCUAAAUACAUCUAACUGAAAUUUUCGGUUUUAUCUGCCAGAUUGUUUAAACAGUUAAGGAAAAUCAACAAGAAAAAGUUAAGUUGGUAUAAGGAUUUUCAAUCUGGCAACUGGUAUUCAGGGAUUGUACGUUUCAUUGUCCGAGCUGCUAUGUGCAACUUACGGACAGUAGUUUUAAAUGACCCCCUCCCCCAAUAAUCAGGAACUGACUUGCACUAGGGAAAUAAGUCAACAGAAUCGUUGAUAUGUUUCGAGAAGCUGUAUUUGGAUUGAUUUUAGCAUUUCUAGUCACCUGCAUUAUUCUGCAAGAGAAGCGAUUCGAGGAAUUGGAUUCAGCACACAGCCAUUUGUGGAAUAGAAUAGAAGAACUGACGCAGGCUAACCAGAAUUUGUCAAAUAUUGUUCAUGACUCUUCGAAGAAAGUAGCCUUCACAGCCGGAACAUCCGGUGCAGAGAAUAUCGGGACCGGAAGUACAAUAGCUUUUCCGGUUGUGAUAAACAAUGAAGGCGGUGGAUACAAUCCGGGUACCGGGGUAUUUACCGCCCCCACAUCCGGUCAAUACGUCUUCUUUGUAAGUGCACAAGGCUAUGGAAGCAAUACACUGUACGUCAGCAUCGUUCACAAUGGCGGAGCAAAGGUCAUGACUAUGUCGGACGGAGGGCGGGGGAAAGAUUUCUACGACUCCGGGACGAACUUGGCGGCUCUGAAUUUACAGCAGGGGGAUACAGUGUGGGCCAAGUGCCAGAGUGGGUCGUCUUACUACAGCGAGGGAAUUCCUAUUACAACAUUUUCUGUCGCCUGCAUUAUUCUGCAAGAGAAGCGAUUCGAGGAAUUAGAAUCAGAACACAGCCAUUUAUGGAAUAAAGUAGAAGACCUGACCCAGAAUGGCUCUUUGAAUAAAGUGGCCUUCACAGCCGGAACUUCUGGUGCAGGGAAUAUCGGGACCGGAAGUACAAUAGUGUUUCCGGUGGUGAUAAACAACGAAGGCGGUGGAUACAAUCCGGAUACCGGGGUAUUUACCGCCCCUAGAUCCGGCCAGUACGUCUUCUUUGUAAGUGCACAGGGCUAUGGAAGCGACACACUGUACGUGAGUAUCGUCCACAAUGGCGGUGCAAAGGUCAUGACUAUGUCGGACGGAGGGCGGGGGAAAGAUUUUUACGACUCCGGGACGAACUUGGCGGCUCUGAAUUUACAGCAGGGGGAUACAGUGUGGGCCAAGUGCCACAGUGGGUCGUCUUACUACAGCGAGGGAAUUCCUAUUACAACAUUUUCUGGUUUUCUCAUAUGAAAUAUGACGUCACCAACUACAGAGCGUUAAAAAUUAUGAUUCCAAUGAGCAUCUAUAGAGACUCUCUGAGAGUCUUACAUAAACUCGAACGUGUGCAUUUUUUAUGAACAUGUAACAAUAUGAAACUGGUAUGAAAGUGGGCGUCAUAUGGUAUAGCAAAGAUAAUGGUUUAACUAUAAAUGAAGUAAAGUUCAUAUAUUCUCUAAAAAAAAA